UAUUCAUUGAAAUGCAGCAACAAAAGAUUUCAUUAGAACGAUAUUAGUAUGUCGGUCUUUAAAGCACGCGUUAAAGAAUUCGAAGAUGCUCUGGCCGAAGAUGAGAUCGAUCUAAGUUACUUACGGCAAUUGUGCUUCAAUGGCAUACCAGAUGUGAAAAGCUUAAGACCGCAUUGCUGGAAAUUAUUGUUGGGUUAUUUGGGGACGAAUAGAGAAAGUUGGAAAGAAACUUUGACUAAAAAGAGAGCUCUGUACAGACAAUUUAUUGAAGAGCUCGUACUGCCGCCGGGAUUAAAAGAAGAUCACAAGUUGGACGCAAAAAGUGACUGCUUGAAUGAUCAUCCGUUGAGUGAGGGCGCUGAGAGUGCAUGGAAUAUCUUCUUCAAUGACAAUGAAUUCCUCCUACAAAUUGAUAAAGAUGUACGGCGUUUGUGCCCGGACAUUUCAUUUUUCCAACAGCCCACAGAGUACCCGUGUGACAUUGUAGUCAACAGUAACGGUGAACGCCGACUGCACCAAAGGGUAGUACCUUCGGUGCUGAAGGCAGCAAAUGUUGAACGUAAGGGACUGGGAAUAACGAAGCAGAUAAAUCUUAUUACAAAACGUUCCGAGGAAACUUAUGAGGCCAUGGAGGAAGGCCAAGAAGCUCAUUGGGAGGUGGUUCAACGGAUUUUAUUUUUAUACGCAAAAUUAAAUCCUGGGCAAAGCUACGUUCAAGGCAUGAAUGAAAUUAUUGGUCCUAUUUACUAUGUAAUGGCAUCCGAUCCAGACCCCGAUUAUAGAGAACAUGCUGAAGCCGAUUGUUUCUUUUGCUUUACGGCUCUUAUGGCUGAAAUGCGUGAUUUUUUUAUAAAAACCCUCGAUGACUCAGAGGGCGGCAUCAAAAACAUGAUGAAACGUUUAUCGCAAAUGCUUCAAGAACGGGAUUUGCAAAUCUAUGAACGCCUUAAAAGCCAAGAAUUACAUCCGCAAUACUAUAGCUUCAGAUGGAUUUCGUUAAUACUUUCACAAGAGUUUCCGCUACCCGAUGUUGUGCGGAUUUGGGACUCGGUAUUCUCAGACGAACAGCGCUUUCAAUUUCUCUUAAAGAUUUGCUGUGCUAUGAUUUUAAUACAACGUGAUCAAAUAUUGCAAAACGAUUUUGCUUCCAAUGUCAAAUUACUACAAAACUACCCAUUCAUGGAUGUUAAUGUUUUACUCUCUAAAGCCGUAUCCCUAUGAAAAUUACUUUCGUACUCAUUAAAAGCAAUUCAUACAAUCCUUACGUCAGCAACUUGCUAAAUACAAACACAUUUAUUAUAUCCACUG